AUGGACAGCGGCGCGCUGCCCCGGCCCGCGCCCCCUGCGCCUGGUGUCUCGAGCUGCUGCGCCGCUCGGCGGCGACCGGAGUCCCCAGAGCUCCUGCGCUGCAGCCGGCGGCGGCGGCCAGGCGCGGUGGAGACCGGGAGUGGAGCGGCGGCCGUGGCGCGGCGCAACGAGCGGGAGCGCAACCGAGUGAAGCUGGUGAACUUAGGAUUCCAGGCGCUGCGGCAGCACGUGCCUCAGGGCGGCGCCAGCAAGAAGCUGAGCAAGGUGGAGACGCUGCGCUCGGCGGUGGAGUACAUUCGCGCGCUGCAGCGCCUGCUGGCCGAGCACGAUGCCGUGCGCACCGCGCUGGCCCGGGGGCUGCUGGCGCCAGCCGCGCGCCACCCACUGCCCCGCGGGCCACCCGGGGCCGCCGCCGCCUCGCCCUCCUGCGCCUUGUCGUCCCCGGGCCGCGAGCACAGCUCGGAAACCGGAUCCCCGCGCUCCGCCUACUCGUCGGACGACAGCGCCUGUGAGGGCGUGCUGAGCCCCGCGGAGCGCGAGCUUCUCGAUUUCUCCAGCUGGUUAGGGGGCUACUGAGCUCUCGUCCCAGCAAGCGGCCGCGAGCGGGCUCACCACUUGGGAGCCAGCGCGAUGGAACGGCUCACGUUUCCGUCCCCGCCGUUCCCGCGGGCCAAGCCACCACCGAGCCGGGGAUCCCGCCAACCCUCCCCGGCCGUCCAGCCUGACCAAGGGCUAGUGUAGAAGCGGCCCAGCCUGACAUCAUCCGGGCGGUAGCUUCCUCGGACCCCAGCCACCCUGUCCCCAGAGGCCUUCCACUGGAACGGGUCUGCGGCACCAACACUUGGAGGUUUGAAGGGGAGAGGAUUUUAUGCCGACACAGAUAAUCUAUUUUUUACGCAUGAACUUGAACUGCCCAGGGACACUGACAGUAUGAACACUUAUUUUUGUGCAAAGAAUCCUUAGAUUUGGAACACAAUAAAGAUUGUCUACUCCCGC